CCAAUGAGCGUUGGCAGGCGAGAUUUGAAAGUCUGCCGAGGCGGGCCGCAGGGCCGAAGAGCUGAGGAAGAGGUGGUAGGGGUCGGCGCAGGCUCAUCAAGAUGGCUGCUACCUCCCAGUUUGCCAGUCGAUACAAGAAAGAUUUGAGUACAGAAGCCCUCAGAACAAAAGUUGCUCGCAGAAAAUCGGUGCUUCAAAAGGAGAACAGACACAAGUUGUUUGAAAAGGGCAGACAGUUUGGAUUGGCAGAUGUCAAUGUUCAGCUCUCAAAGAGGGGAAUUUCUCAACUAAAUGAGACGAGUGAAAUAUGCUUUCAAGAGAACAGCAGUGUAAAACAGAAGCAAUCUACAAAUGUAACCACCAGCAGGAUUAAUGAACGAAAGGAAAUGCUCCAGCGGUAUAAAGAAGAAAAGGAACUUCGAAAACUGAGAGAGCAGAGAGAGAAAGCAAAAAAGGGCGUGUUUAAAGUUGGGUUAUACAGACCAACUGCACCUGGAUUCCUUUCACUUGCACCUGAAGAUCCAGUGAUAGUGAAGCCACGAGAGAAGGCAGCUCCUGCUUUCUCUGGGAGGAUUACUCGAUCAAAGGCCAAGAUCCAAGAAGAAAAAACUGUGAUACCAACGGUGUCCAAGCACUCUACGGUCUGUGCCAACGGGCAUAGUGUGCGCCCUACGCAAGCAGGACGUAAGCAGAUGAAUACAGGCAAAGGGGUUGAAAAAGAGAAAGUGUUGCAGACUACAGUCCAGACAACCUCAAAUGCAAGAAUCACCAGAGCUGCCACCUCUGCAGCUGGGCAGAUGCUGAAAACAACAGCUACUGCUGGUAACCAGUCACAGAGAAAGACAGCAAAUGUAGGAAAGCAGAAGAAAGCAGUCAAACCUGACAGCGUGGAGGUAAUUCCUUCUAAACAUGAAGAGGAUAAAAAUGCUCAGCUGGAUCCAGCAGUGAAAGAUUCUGCAGCUGAUUCUAAACAUUCAGUGUCAACAGAACUUCAACAGGAACAGACCUCAGGGGAAAACAAAACCAAUUCUGCUCCAGGGAGACCCAGAACGCGUUCUUUUGCACCUCAAAACUUUGUGUUUCAGCCAUUAAAUGGAUUAGCGACCUACAAAGUUACACCCAUGACUCCUUCGAGGGCAAAUGCUUUUUUGACACCAAAUGCCUUCUGGGAUUUUUUGAAAUCUCCAGUUAAUAUAGUUGAAAAAUCCAGUGAAGCUGAGGCACAAGAGUCUAAUUUUAAAAGUCAAAUUUCACCUGCUGCUAAAGGCAUUCAAGAACAGCAAAUCACUACAAGUUUGGAAGGAGAAAAAGCAAGUGAAUCGGAUGAGAAAACUUCCAUUCAGAGAUCAAAUGAAACAAUUCCUGUCUCUACAGAUAUAACAGCGCUUGAAAUGAGGUCAGAUGAUAUAAGAGAGCAAGAGCAUGACGUGCCCUAUUUCAGAAACAUUCUUCAGUCUGAGACAGAGAGGCUGAUGUCUCAGUGCCUCCAGUGGGAUGGAAAAUUUGAGCUGGACAUUCCAGAGGAUGCUAAAGAUCUUAUUCGCACCACAAUCGGUCAGACAAGACUGCUCAUAGCAGAAAGGUUUAAACAGUUUGAAGGACUCGUGGAUAAUUGUGAAUUUAAACGGGGUGAAAAAGAAACGACGUGUACAGACUUAGAUGGGUUUUGGGACAUGGUUAAUUUUCAGAUAGAAGAUGUGAAUAAAAAAUUUGAUAAUCUGAAGAAGCUUCAAGACAAUGAGUGGCAACCACUUGAUGUCCCAAGCAAAGCAAUUGUCAAGAAAAAGACUAUUCCAAACGGAGUGGCUAAGCCAAAGCUGGGGGCGGCUGGAAGAACUGCUGCCCGAAACCGGCUUGCUGCUAUAAAAGCAGCUAUGAGGGAUAAAAUGAAGCAGGACGGCGCUGAUGGUUGUACACAUGAGGAGAAGGUACCCGAAGUAGAAAAAGUGGUAUUUGAAGCAGGAUUUUUCAGAAUUGAAAGCCCUGUGAAAAAUUUUCCAGGCUUGCUUUCAAAGACACCUUGCAGAUCUUCCCAGCGGACUUCCGACAGACUGGCAACUCCAAGAUCAUCCAGCAGAGCUUUGCUUCAGAGCAUUCCUUCUGUUCUUUGUGACCCUGAGGAUACAAUUGCAAAACAAACAUCACCAGUGCUCGAAGGCUUCCACCCAGCACAAAAUUUGAAAAUGCACCAACUUCCCACUGGAGAAACUCCCCCACUCGAAGAACUCCCUGGCAGCUUGCUUGAACAAAGCCUUUCUGUAGCUGCAGAAGGACACCAUCCUGUUGCUGGCACAGCAGAGGGAACUAAUGUGCAGGAAAAUUUUAGCAGUGAAUCAAAACUAAUGGAUGGCAUGGAAGAGAUGGAACUUUCUGCUGCAGAACAAGGACAAGAUAUUGUCAUGUGCAGUCCAGAGAAAGAGACCCGCACAGAGACUGACUUUGCUCAGUCUGGAGAACCAAAAAUACAUCAAACAGAUGCUUCAUGUAGUGAUUUGACAUCCACGGGCAGAAAUCCUUUUGAUAUGCCAAUGCUUGACACUGAGCUUCCCUUCACCCCAGUCAAGAGCAAAGCCCAGAAGUUUGCAGCAGCUGAAGCAUUUGAUGAUCUUAUUGUAUUUUCUCCUGUUGGGGAAAAAUGAAAAGCGACUUGAAAUUCAAAAUGCCUAAAUUACAUUAACGAGAAAACCCACAGAGGAUAUCUGGAAUACGGUCUGCUACCCUUGAGCUGUGUUCUGAGUGAAUGAGUACCUGUAGUAUUUUUGUAGUGGAACCCAUUAAAAUAUUUUUUAACGUUUUAUGGUGCGGUCAUGCACCGUAAGUACUGCUGUGUAUUAGUGGUGGGAUGUUUGGUUAUACCUGCUGUAUCCACUGAUUGCAUAUUUGGACUACAACCUACCUAAAAUAUUUUUAUUUUUGUAUAAUUUUAUGUAUUUCCUGUCUACUUCAAGUGUAAAACUACUCAUCUUUAAGCUUUUCUGUCCUGAACUUACUCCCCUCAUAACUGCUAUCACAAGCUGCCAUUAGACUAGCUGUACCUGCCCCCUAUUUCUGAUGCAAGGGAGGGCACCUUCUGGGGGUAAGACUCAGCCUGUUGCCUCCCCUGAAGCGCUGUCCCAUACUCUACCGCUGUUGCGAGGGUGCUGUGGCACCCGUGGGCGCCCGUGUUCUGUGCAUUAACAACUCGGCCUCAUCAGCAGAUGUGGCAGGGUUUGAUGCAUGUAAUUCUUCCCAGCGGGAGUGUUCCCGGUGUUUAACAACCACUUGCUUUGUAAUAGUAGAAACUAUCUCAGAACGAGGAUUUCAAAGCCAGAUAAUGCCUUUUCCUGGCAAUAUGUUAAAAUAGGCAUUGAUUAUUAUUUCCUUUAAUGACACAGUUAUCUAUUGAAUAUCUUAAGUACCUUCAAGCCAAACCCCUUUCUCUCUCUGCUGUUUCAUGUGAAAAUCUCUUAACCUCUUCCUCUGAAUACCUGAUAUGUUAACCUCAGCCUCUUCUCCCAUCUUGUUCCUUAUGCAUCCUCUUAUCUGGACUUUAAUAUAUUUAUGCAUAAGGAGCAUGCUGGUUGUAUAUACUCUGUAUUUGAGUAGUGGUAUUAGAAUACCUCUAGUUGUUUUAUUUUUAACAAAUACAUAGCUGGGCUUCUUCUUGUAAAGGUGACCUGAGUGUAAUAGGCACAUUCUUCCACAAGCGUUUAUUUUAAACCAAGCAGAGGUAAUUUGAAUCCCUCAGCAGAAAGCAUUGCCCCUGCAGUUGGGGGAGCUCAUCUUGACUCCCCCAGUUUUAACCUGGAAGCUGUGUACUGAUUACACUGAAAUAAAUAGAGGAAGCUAAUGUG